GUUGUCGAAUCGUCAUCAUUCGUGUACGAGUCAUUGCCGCUAGUUCGACGUCAGUUGUUAUCCAUUUCGCGUCUGUGGUAGUCGUUAUUCGAUUGCAAUGACUUUUGAGUGGUAUUGUGGAUCUGUUGCCCGGCGACGACCGUAGUGGCGUAGUAUCAUCGGGAGUAGUUCCGUCGAUGUGAUGCCGACACAAGUGCUCCACAGCAACAGAACCGUAAAAACCGUACUGCAGAUAAUGAACGCCGAACCAUCGUCGGCGCCCAACAACAAUUCUCAACAGCAUCUGAUGAAUGACGAGACGGUAGGUGGUCGUUCACCGAUCACUAGUAAACAGAAGAUAACAGUUGUUAUACUAUGCUUUGUGAACUUGAUCAAUUACAUGGACCGGUACACAAUUGCAGGUAUUCUAGCUGAUAUUCAACACCAAUUUAAAAUUGGAGAUGACAAAGGUGGCUUAUUGCAAACCGCAUUCGUCAUAAGUUACAUGAUAUGCGCUCCGGUUUUUGGAUAUCUAGGAGAUAGAUACAACAGAAAAUUUAUAAUGGCUUUUGGUGUAUUUCUAUGGUCAUUAACUACGAUUGUUGGUUCUUAUAUGAACGAAUACUAUUUAUUUUUAUUCUUCCGGAGUUUGGUGGGUGUCGGUGAAGCUAGUUAUUCGACUAUUGCGCCUACAAUUAUAAGCGAUAUGUUCGUUAAAGAUGUGAGGUCGAAAAUGUUGGCUUUAUUUUAUUUUGCCAUACCCGUGGGAAGCGGUUUGGGCUAUAUUGUUGGCUCGGAAACUGCUAGGAUCCUCGGUUCUUGGCACUGGGGAUUACGCGUCACGCCAGUGCUCGGCAUGUUGGCCGUCCUCUUGAUUAUGUUCGUUAUGGAAGAACCCGAACGAGGUCAGAGCGAAGGGUAUUCUCACUUAACUACUACGUCUUGGUCCGAGGACAUACAAUUAUUGUGUCGGAAUCGGAGUUUUAUGUUAUCCACUGCGGGAUUCACUUGCGUGGCCUUUGUCACUGGAUCUUUGGCCUGGUGGGGUCCCCAAAUUAUGUGGUCAGGACUAAAAAUGCAAGAAGGUUACGAAAAUGUUACGAUAAACAGCGUAUCGCUGAACUUUGGAAUAAUAGCCAUGGCGGCUGGUCUUAUUGGCGUGCCUUUAGGCUCAUACUUGGCUCAACGGCUGAAAGUGCACUAUCCCAAAGCAGACCCGUUGAUCUGUGCUGGUGGUCUUCUAAUAUCGGCUCCAUUACUGUUUCUGGGACUAGCGCUUGCAGACAAAUACAAUUAUUUCGUGUUGGUUCUGAUAUUCUUUGGUCAAGUAUCACUGAAUCUUAAUUGGUCGAUCGUAGCCGAUAUACUUUUAUACGUUGUCAAUCCUACUAGAAGAUCAACAGCUGAAGCUUUUCAAAUUUUGUUUUCACAUGCAUUUGGAGAUGCUGGUAGCCCAUAUCUUAUUGGAGUGAUUUCAGAAAUUUUAAAAAAACUCUUUGCAAAAGGGACCAUACCACUACUUUUGGCAUCUGUGUCAUUAGCCAAUAAUAAUUUACAAGCCACCAAUGGUGACAAGCAAGAUAACAUUAGCAACUUUCAUAGUCUUCAAUAUGCAUUGUUCAUUACAAGUUUUGUUGAAGUGUUAGGAGCAAUGUUUUUCUUCUUUACUGCUUCCUAUAUUGUCAAGGACAAGGAAUUAGCUGAAACAGAGACUCCAGGUAAUAUCAAACAGACAUGAAGGAUUUUUAUAAGUGACAUAAUGAAAUAGCCAAUAGGAACAUAUUGAACUUUUUGUUCAUUUGACUGAUUAUAUAAAAUAAAUGUGACUCAGUUUUAUAAUAUUAAAAUAAAAUAUUAAAAUACAAAUAAAAUUGUCCUAUAUCAUUCAUCUGUUAUAUCAGAAUAUUCUUGGUUUCUGAUUUUACUAGACAAAACUCAAAAAUAUUAUUAAAGAAUAUUAUAUUUCAUUCAUUUGUAUAAAUAAUCCCUGAAUUUUAUAUAUCAUAUUAUAAUAUGACUCAUGCUGUAGUAUUGCAUAUAUUAAUAUUUUUUUUAUUUGUCAAUUAUUUUUUGAAAUGAGUCAUUGGAAACAUGCAUAUUUUAUUAAUAUCAUUGAGUAUUAUACACUAUAUGAUAAAAUAUAAUAUAGUCAAUGUUAAUAUUUAAGAAAAAUGGUGACCAAUCAAAAUAUAUUUUAAUACCAAAAAUCGUUAUUUGUAAAUGAUUAGUCGAAUCUAAGUAUUAUUUACGAUACCAAUAAUACUCAUACAACUCCUAAAUGUUAAGACAAUAAAUGAGAAACAACCUUUUUUGUUUAUCUGAUCGUUUUUGUCUUUUUGUUUAUAAUUUUAUAAUCAAUAGAAUUAUUAUUUUUAGAAAUACCAUAUGUCAAUUCACAUUUAACUUUUAUACAAAAAAACUAUAAGAUUUCUGACUCGUUUAGCCCUUAAACCAUAUGAACAUAGACGAUAUAAUAUGGUUUAUUGUUCGUAAAUUGAUUGUAUCUUUUAACUUAUUGUUAUUACCAUAUUGGCAUGUUUAUUUGUAAUGAAUAAUGAUUAUAUUGAUAUUGAUGUAUCAGCUAUUUCAUUUAUUCAUUUCAUUUUUGAUCAAUAUCUUCGUAAAAAAUGUAGGCAAACAAAACAAUAUAUUGACUCGUAAUUUUAGCCGAAAACUUAAAUUAUUUAUAGAUUCCCGUAUGACAUAGAACACAGGACAAUAGAACCUUGUGUGUUGUAUCUUGGAUCAUAUUACAAAUAUUAAACAUGUUUUAGAAUUAAUGUGUCGUUCUUUAGAAACUCUCUAGCCAUCACGACUACUAUUAGAGCUUUAUGAGUUGUUAACCACGCCACCCUAAUACGUAUAUUCUGACCUGUGGUAUUGCUUUUACGAUUUCUAUACAGAGGGAUGUGGUAAAAAGGGUAAUAGAAGGAUUGUUGAUAGGUGGGUGGACAAUGGCGAAUGGGUAAUAAUUUAGUAUUUAUUAUGACGAGGUAGUAAAGAUAUGACAAUAAACCAGUAAUUGCCUCAUUGGAUUUUGGGUGAGUGGAUUACCUAUUUGCCUUAGACAAAUUUUGAGUCACGCCAUAGUUUGGCAUGUAACUCAUUUCUAUUGCUGUCAACUGUAUGCAAUUUAACAACAAUACCAUUUACAACUGUAUAAUUAAUUAAUGAAUAAACAUAUUAAUCUUUUUAUGCCUAUGAAAGACGAAUGUCACGUAAUUUUUAUUCCAACUUAUCUAUCUAUCGUUGCACUAUACGCUAUAAGAACGCUUUGCGUACGUUUUUAACCAUAUCUACCUAUGCAUGAAAUAUAUUUAUAUUUUAUACCUAUUUCAAAUUUUCAAAUCUAAUCAAAUGAUUAAAAUAAACAUUUACACUCUGUAACAAAUAAUGUAUUAAAACGGUAAAUUAAUAACUUAUUGUUUUUACAUAGUACAACAACUACUACUAAUAGUACCUACUUGAUACCUAAAUUCAUAUAUUAUUGUCUUCGUUAUCAUAAAUACGUCAUUGUGCUAUAUUAUAUAUAAACAGUCUUGUAAAUACAAGUAAAUAGUAGUUAAAUAUUAUUGAUUUCAACAUAACAUUAUUGGUGAUUGCUAUUAUUUGUGUGGUAUGAACGUGUGGUCUUACAUAAUAUUAUCUUCGCUUAACUACUGGUUGUUUUAAAUACGCUUUGUUGGGUUUUCAUUGUUUUCGGCACACAAAUUUUUCUUACGAUAUCAUUGUCAUUUUGUUUUUUUAAACAACAUGAAUUAAUUUCAGCAGAUAAUGGACCAGAUACUGUUCAAAACAGGUAUCCCGUGGACGAAACACGUUUGCACGGUCAUUCCAAUCCCCGUUUUGUAGCCUAAAAUCAAUGAAAAAUUAAAAAUAAAAUGACAAUAAAUUUGAUUUUGUGUAAAUUUCACUUGCGGAACGCUUGAGUUGUUGUUACGUUAAAAUAUUGCAAUUGUAUGUUUCACUGUAUUACACUGUCGUUUGACGCAUUCGUCUUACAUACUUACCUUAUAAUAAUGAUAUUCACUUUAUAUCUAUCUGUGAUACUUAAAAUAUCGUUAAAUAAUACAAAAUCAUAGUAAUAUACAUUAUUUAUUACAAAUCUAAUUAUGUAUAGAACUUAAAAAUGAUUAAACCCACUUUUAUGAAAUAUUUAUCUGAAAAAACUGCCCUUGUUAAUCUGUUAUAAUAGUAAUGAUGUUGAUGUUUUUUGUAUUAUUGCCAUAAUUUUGUAUUCACACACUGAUAAAUUCAUUAUAGUAUUAAUAUUUAUAAUAAAAUUAAUUUAUUUUGUGAAAUAAUUGUAAGAAAUUUUUUUAUAAGUUUGUACAGAAAUUAUGUUUUUUUUAUAUUAUAUAUAUAAAUAUUAAAUAAAUAAAAUGUCUGGAAUAUGGACUAAA